CCCAUCAACAUCAACCCAUCGUGUAGUGGUUUAGUUUAGUGUUAGUAAAGCACUCGGUCGGGCUUACGGGCUUCAACAUGUAUAAAAUGCUGUGGGAACGGACUAUGUUGUGUUUAAUAGGUUAUCGAAAUUUCCUAUCGUGUGACAUUGUAUCUGAUCAUUCAGUACAGACUUUUUGUGUUGUUUAGUUAAAAUAUUCUUUUUCUUGUGAUCUUUUGGUGUUAAUUAGAGGCGAGGUGUACAAAAAAAAUUGGUGCUUGAUGAUAAUGAAAGCGGAGAGCAGAGUGCGAGGCAUCUUUAAACUGAAAUACAAAACUCCCUUCAAGGUUAAAACUUUGAAGGAGUACCAGAAAUUCGUUGAACGAUCGAACAGACAUAAAAUUUUGAGGGACAGCAGGUUCUCGUAUGUCAGUGCAGAUGCUGUAAUUAACACAUCUCAGCACUACGAUAAUCUCCAGCAAGCCGAUAGUCAAAAGCAACCUCUUAAAGACACCACAAAUACACCAUCGAAAACAAAAAUCGAAGACAACAACAAUCAAGAACCGGAAUCCACUCAACAGGACAACAACGAUCCGACAAACAACAACGUCCAACAGCAGCGACAAGGAUCCUUGCAGUGUUUGGAAACGCUUGCACAGAAAGCGGGCAUUCACGAUAUCACUCCUGACGAUUGCAAGUAUGAUGUUGCCAAUACUCUGCUGAACUUAGAUAGAGGACACGAGUUUAUUAAGCAAAACGUGGACAAUACUGGUCAUCAUCUAACGAUAACGAUGAGUGAUUUAAACAAGCAACAAAUGGACGCCAACGCCCAAGCGCAAGCGCAGGCCCAAGCCCAGGCGCAAGCUCAAGCACAAGUUCAAGCGGUACAGCAACAGCAGAUGCAACAGGUUGCUCUGCAGCAACAGCAGCAACAACAACAGCAAGAACAACAACAGCAGCAGCAACAUCAGCAGCAACAACAAGCUUUGGUUCCAGCACAGAGCCCGCAUUUGCAACAAGUUACAGUUAACGCUUCAGGUGCCCAAUGCGCGGUUACCUCAAUGGGCCCUCCUCAACAUACGGUUUCCAUGCAUCAGCAAGUCGCUCAGCAAGGUCAAGUUCUUCAGACUCAAAACGCUCAAGUUUUAGCUGCUCAACAAUCAGGAAGCACUACAAUAACCACCAUGUCACCGCUUCAGCAAAGCCAAGCUGCGCAUCAGCAGCCAAUCAGCGCCGAUUGGAGCCAUGGUAGGGCCGUGCAAGUUAUCCAGCAACCAUUACAGAAUCCUACGUAUCUUCAGCAAUUAUACAAUGGUCAAGGUCAAUUAUUAAUGCCUGGCAAUAUCAGUAAUAUCGCAUUACAUCCUAGUAUUAAUCCACAAAUCCAAGUUAUCGCCAAGCCUUUUCAAGGCAACCAGCUCGCUCCGCAUAUGAUAACGACCGCUCAAGGAAAGCAAGUGAUUCAAGGUAGCCAACCAACUACUUUCCCGGGCUACACGACUUUACCAACCAUUCCUACCACACAAAAUCAGCAAACUUUGGUCUUCAGCCAGUUGGGCGUCAUCAGUUCCCAGCCUAAUAUUUUACCUAAUCACUCCCAGGGCAAUGGACAGGUGGCCCAGCAGAAACCACAAGAAAUGCAUAAGCCAGGAGGUCAACAAAUGCAAUUCGCACCUUGGCAAUUCGCCGCCAAUGGCCUACAACAAGUCUGGACUACCACCAACGGUCUUCAAUCGCAGGCAUUGCAACUUGCUCCCAACCAGAUAUUUAUCAGAGGUACCCAAGCUGACGGCUCUCCUGGUCCUGGAAUGUUUAUUCAACAGAAUCCCCAAGCUACUACCAUACAAACGCAGCAGAAUCAAACAAUUUCAACUCCUGGAACUGUCCAACAAAUAGCGAAGCCCAGACCUGCCAAUGAAAAUAUUCAACCCAAACAGCAGCAGAAUAGGCCCUUAAAUAUACUACCAUCCAAUCCUGCCAAUAUAAGACCCGCCAGUUCUGCUGUGUCGACGCAAACCAUUGGUGCUCAAACUCCUGCUUCAAUGGGUGGUAAACCCGUAGCCAAAAUUCGCACCAAAGCCCCCCAAAUAAGAACCUCGCCUGCGCCAAAGGCUGAUGCUGCCAAUCAAACCCAGAUCAAGCCUUAUUCAAACAUGCCUCAACAGCAACAACAGCAGCAGCAACAACAGCAGCAGCAACAACAGCAGCAACAACAACAACAGCAGCAACAACAACAACAGCAGCAGCAGCAACAACAGCAACAUAUGAAUAAAAUGCUGGUGAUGAACCCCAACGGUAUGGCAACUGCUGUCACUCCCGGUUCUCCAAUGACGGCCGAGAAAGCACAGCAAAUUGCCAACCAGAACAAAAACCAACAACAACAAAAUGCCCAACAACAACAACAACAGCAGCAGCAGCAACAACAACAAUCCCAACAAACGCAGCAAGCCGCCGUCAUGCAGCAACAGAUACAACAGCAACAACAAGCUGCGUUGCAACAAUAUCAGUUGCAGCAACAGGGUCAGGCCCAAGCCCAGCAGGGACAACAGGCACCACAACACAUACAGCCCAAACCUAUGAUGAUUCAAACUAUCCCCUCACUUCCUGGUCAGCAACUCUCUAUGUCUGGAGACAGGCCAAUCAUGCCGGUGGUGUCCAUGUCUGCACAGAGUAAUCAACAGCAAGUUCAACAAAUGCAGCAACAGAAUCUUAAUUCGAUGCAACAAGGACUUUCCAUGCAAUCCAAUCUUGCAGUUACUCAGCAACCGAUGCAGAUGAAUAUGCAGCAGCUACAGCAAUUACAGCAAAUGGCUCCUCCUGGAACCAUAAUUGGUCAAAUUCAGGCGACUACUCAACCGUCCGCUAUUCCACAAGCGACAGCUAGCCCCACGCAUAUCCAGCAACUCCAAGCUAGUGGGCCCCAUCAGAUAGCGAUCACCCAAGCUCAGCAAGUCCCCCUACCUCCAUCGAUACCACCUGUACCCAAGGAGGUAUCUACUGAGUCCAAUAAUACCGAUAGUAUGGCAACCAAUGGUGGUCUACAUAUGGAUAGUAGUAAGGAUAACACGGCUGACGCUACUUCUACUCAACCGGAACACAAAGAACCUCUACCAACUGCAGAGGCCAAGCCCAUGCAAAAUGGCGUCGAAUCUGUAGUAGUUCAAACGGCACCUCUUCCCGGUAUUGUUCCAACAUCGCAACCGAGCUGUAACACUUCAGAAGGUGUACUUUCUGUGGCGGUUACUGCUGAAGAGGUCAAAGAAAGAUGUCCUCCGAAGGCGAUGGUCAAGCCGCAAGUAUUGACGCACGUCAUUGAAGAUUUCGUUAUUCAGGAGUCCUCGGAGCCUUUCCCGGUUCAUAGAAGUAGUCUUGGGGAUCUGAAACCGACGCAGUCUUCCAAUGAAAAGGAUAGUGAAGAACCGCCACGAAAGAAACGUGCAUCUUCACCAUUCUGCACCAGUCUCAAGAGCGAUAUGGCCAAGUGUGAAGCUUGCGGUACUAUCGACCUCAAAGCGAAGUUUAAGAAGAACAAAAGGUUCUGUUCCGUACAUUGUUCAAAGAGUGGAAAGUACAAAGGUGAUGACAAAAAGAAGUGGGAUAAAGAUGGAAUGGAAAUUGAUUCUGAAUCUGGCGCUUCGGGAGCUGAAAGCAGCCUCAGUCCCAAUGUCAUUGAAGAUGAGAUUCCUAAAGUGGAUCCUAUCAAAUGGAGUGUUCAAGAAGUGUUCGACUUCAUCAAAAACCUCCCUGGUUGCUCCGACUAUGCGGAGGACUUCUUGAGAGAAGAAAUUGACGGUCAAGCAUUGAUGCUCCUCAAAGAGGACCAUCUCAUGACUGCCAUGGCCAUGAAACUUGGUCCUGCACUCAAGCUCGUCGCCAAAAUCGACGAUAUGAGAAUCGACAAGGAGCCUCCCAAACAAUCCUAAUUUUAUUUCGCUAGGAUUAAGUUAAAGUUGUUAUAUUUUGUGUCGGGUUAGUACUCUUUUGGCAUUUCGGGACAAAUCGAGUAGAAAAUCGGUUUUAAAACAAAAAACGAUCGUUUAGCUGUCGGUUUGUGCUUUUAGACUCAUUAACACGUGAUAUAAUUAAUGAUGAACUAAAUUUUUAAGAGUUUUUUUUGAUUUGACUAUAGAGACAGUUGAAAUAUAAAAAUACGGUAGUUCGACCAACUUGGGCCAUCGUCAGGCCCGAAAGAAAAAUAAAUAAUUUUAAGAAAUGACUAACAAUUCGAAAUUGACCCAAAAAACAACCAGAGUGCUUAACGUUGGAUCCGAUCCAUCUAUUGACGCGUUUUCGAUACUUAAACAGUGUUAAACUUGUCGAUAUUGGGGAUUGAUAGUGCUUUUGACGUUUUUUGUUUCACCUCUUUCACAUCUAUAAAAUGUUUGCCUUUGAAGACUUUUUUUACAAUGGGUGAAAAAUAAAAAGUUGCGCGGGGUAGAUCGUAAAUUGCUCAAAAUUUGAUGAUACCCUCCAAUAUACGGGGUGGACUCUACAAGAUCAUAAAAUGUUCAAAGAUGGUUUGCGCAUUAAUAGAAAAUGGAAGUCAGUAUUUUUUUAGAUUCACGGCAUCUUUGUUUUCUCAUCAUUUUAUCUCCUGAUUUUAACUAUUUAUCAUAGUGUUAGAUCUUUUUCAUACUUGCUAUGAGCUGUGACCAUUAGAGAAAUAUAUUCAACAUAGCCGAUUAUUUCCCCUACCUACGGAGUGAAGAUCCUGUCAAAAACGAGGUUUUGUAGCUUAGGUCCUAUUAUAGAACAUUGCAAUAAAUACUGCACCGCCUAUUUCUAAUUUUUCUUUAAUGAUUGAAAGACAAGGGGACUGCCCUCCUGAAAACAAUUUGCGUAUUUCGUAGGGUUUUGAUUAUUAACUUUUGACAAAUUAAAAAUACAUAGUUUACCUUUCAGUUUAGACUUUAAAUAGAUUGGAUAAAAAUUCCUGAAAUGCCAUAAUAGUUCUUAUACCGUUUUAGAUCGUUAUUUUUAUUUUUGUACAUACAUUAUUUAUCUUUCAAUUACCCUAAAGACUGCUGAUGAGAAUCUAAAUAUUAAGAUUAGGAACAGUGGUGAUGUUCUUUGUUCAUUAAAAUUUUUCACAUCUCCAGAUUUAAACUACAUUUUACUAUGUAUUUAUAGCUAGGUUAUGUUUUAAUCUAAUCUGCAAAAAAAAAACUUGUGAGCCCAUCAAGCGAUUAAAAGAAACAGUAUGAUCCAAAAAUUAACUUUUCGGUCGAACGUUUCAUAUUUUGAACAUAACAAAAAACUGGUAUUUGUAAGCUGCAUUGUGAUAUUUAACCAUUAUUGUAUAUCGUCGAAAAAGAUAAGUGUACACAACAAUUUACAAAUGAACAGUAAUUUUGGUCCUGUGAUCUCACUUUUGCAUACCGUUUCUUUUAACUAUAGUUCAAAAAUUUGGUUUGCCUUUUUCCCUAAAUUACAUUCAAACUAGAGGGAGCUUUUUGUGGUAUAUGCGGAACGGCAAUAAUUAAACUUGUCGAGGGCAGCCAAUAACUGAAUUCUGUUAAAGCAUCUUGUAAAUAUUUGUACAUUCGGCAUUUUAUAUUAAAAUGGUUACGUAUUUAGUUUAAUUUGUACAGAGAAAAAUAUAUAAGUUUAUAUUAGCAAAUAUCUUUGAUGUGAUCAAAGUAUUCAGCAUAAUUUCAAUUUGAGAAUGACACAGUGCUAAAUUACAUGUCAUUUUUCUCUCAUUGGAACACGUAUUUAUUAAUUUGUGCAAUGUUCUAUUUUCCAAAAUCGUGUAAGUUUCUAAUAUAGAUUAAGUUGAUAUUUGUUACUAUACUGCCACUAAUGAUAAUAAAUUUGUAAUUUGUAAAUUGAG